GUCCAAAGCGAAGGUUUAAACUUUUGGGUGUUCGUAAAUAACUGGUUCUUAUAGAACAAAAUUUAAAUGCAGAUCGCGUAUUAUCAAUAUAAGCUGCAAAUAAAAUAAUUUUACGACCCAUUUAUGUUGAUUUAUCGUAAUCCUGUCCAUGGCAACAACAAAAACCUUUGAGCACUUUUUUGAAACGUUUACGUGUAUGUAACCUGUGCAUAAAUGAUAAAAGUAAGACUUUAACCGAGGUCCUUUUCGUCUAUGUUUGAAUUAAGAAACUCUCCAAGUGUUAGGGUCUGCUAAAUUCACAUUCUAUGAAAACUUGGGUUUUUUUUAAUUAUAAAAUGAGAUUCGAGUUGCGUGCUGCGUUGUUUGUGGUUUUCGACACACUAUCAUUGGGGUUCGUUCGAUGUGGAAAUAUCCGGUAUUUUGUGACUGAAAUUUGUGGACAGGAAAUAGGUCCAGACUUCGGGACCUAUCUUGAAUUCGACAAGGACGGUAUUAUAGCCACGGAUGGAAAAUUUGCCCCACCAAAUCUUAUUGGUAAAGAAUUCAAGUGCACAGUUACAAUUCGAGGAAUGCCGUCUUCCGGCGCAAAACGAUACAUGUCUGUCUAUUGGCGAAAUUUCAUAUUUAAAGCACCGGAAGUCGACAAUAUUGCGAAAGAUCCGGAGACGUGUGGUAAGGCGUAUGUUACUUUAUACAAAGGCAAGGGAACUAAUGUUGCAGAGAAAGAAACAUUCUGUGGAUUAAAUGCUUUACCUACACACAUUGAAUGGGAGGGGGAGUAUGCGACCUUGUUUUUCUACGUGGACUAUCGAUCCCCGUCAUCCCAGGAUCCGGAUGAUCCCUCUAAAUUCCUGUAUUCUGAAAUCUUUUUCCGACUUGAUAUUACUUCAUUUGACUUUGGGUGUGCGGAUACCAAGGAAGGGGUGGUCAUGAUGUGCAAUAACAGCAAGCGGUGUCUGGACGACUCCUUGCGCUGUGAUUUCUGGUUUUCCCGAAACUGUCAAUCGGAGUCUUAUCCCAGGGAUAACUCGGAUACGAGUAGAUGGCCCCCGGGAAACUGCUUCAAGAUAGUUCAAACAACAACUACCGAGCCCCUCCCCACUACUCCCCCUCCUGAGCCUGACUUCACUCCCCUGAUUGUUGUCGUAGGACUGGCGGCUGCCCUUGCCUUCUUUUUCUGGUGUUUCUGGAGGCCUGGCUACCUGAUAUGGCGACUCGGUCGACUGCGCAACCAUCCCUGCGUGAGAGCAUGUGGGGCGUGCAUUCCGUGCUCUGUAAUGUGCGUCAGAUGUUGCAGUUGCAGCAGCUGCUGUAUAGGUGAAUAUGAACAGAGUCCUACGGGGCCUGCAGCCUUUAGAGCCCUUCAGGUGCAGGAGAUGGAAUCUCAGAAUUCUUCUGUAAAGGAGAACAGUAUGCUCAUUGGAGGAAGUUCCCACUCUGGUAAGUCUGGGAAGGAUGCAGGACGUAUUUUGCCAUGCUUUCCAAGGACUUCCGUGCCGGAAAAGCAAGUGGGUAAAGUAAGAUUGAGACAGGCCACGGUUUGUCCUUUACAAACGUCAACAGAGGAACAGGACCAAGGAAACGGGGAACAGGGCGGCUCCGGCACAGAGCCCGGAACAGGAAGUAAUGAAACCAACACAGAGAACCCAAAAAUGGGCGUGUCUGCAGGCGACAUCAACUUCGUCAAUGAUUGGAUGAAAAUGUUAACUGGUGAUGGAUGCCAUCUUAGAGAGCAUCGAUGAGACUUUAUAAAGUAUCAGUCACAUAAACAUCGCUGAUUUAAGUGACCAACAUUUGUAUUAUAUUCUAAUAUACCGUCCUCGCUUGACCUUACAUAUAAUAACAGUUAUCAUACAGCUUCAUUGCCUUUUUGUAUCUAUAAUAAAAAUCGCCCGUUUCUGUUUUGACUUUUAUAAGAAAAAAAAAUUAUAUGUUAUCUAUGGAUCAUUUUGAAUUUUUAAAAAAAAAUGUCUUCCUGGCUUUUGCAUAGUUUCAUCUAAACGUUAUUGACAUUUGUAUGAUUAUCUAUAAGCGUUCUUGACUUGCAUGGAUUUAAUCUAACAGAUAUCAUAUUUUGUGGCUCCAUCAAUGUGACAAAUUCGAUUUUAUAAUUUUUUUUAAAAUUUAUGUGAUAAAACAUAAAUUUCGGAUAAUAUUUGCGGUAUCCAAAGUUUUAUCGUAUUGCAUAUGCACAUAAUUUUAUAGUUCUUUCCUUAUCAUUUAUCUACUAGUAUUAAGUACCACUCAGCUUGCCGAUCAAAUAGCUAGUUAUAACCAAUGAAAAUUAUUUAGUUUUAAUUGUUAACCUCCGUCAACGAACGAUAUUCGAAUCUGAUUUAACAAGUUUUAGCCACUUUCGAUAAGUGUGUUAGUUUUGUUCUGUGCAAAUUCAUUGAAGACCCGGCACAGGUGAAUUAAACUCUGUCGAUUGAUUUACCGAUAGUAUUUCCGUGGGAACGUGGAACGUGCGAGUACUUAUGGUGUACUUAUAUCACUUAGGAAUGGCUCUUCCUCCAUCAGAAUUUUAUAAUUCAUUUCCGUAUUUAAUGCCAAUCAUUCAUUCAAACUGAUGUUAUGUAUUCAAAAUUAUUUGUUUUUAU